AUGUCAUACUGGCAAUAUAUGGAGAAGGACGAGGAGUACAAUGCAUGGUUGAAGGAUCACCAUGAGAGGCGGUUGGCCCAACAGGUUGGCAGGGUGAGCAGCGGUGCAAUUAACGAUGGGCAAUGGACUGCAGGUGCCAUUGCCAGUGGUGGCAUAACAGCCACCGUCUCUCAAGCUGAUGUAGUAGCGACAAGCAGCAUGAUGCCCAAUGCAUCAGUGAUAAUAGCUGCCAGCAUGGUGGAUGACACUUCGACAGCAGCGGUGACAAGCAUCAAUGCUCCACCUACCACUGCAGCGGUCGACAUGAUAUUCAUCAAUGCAUCCUCGCACAUCAAUCCGAGCUCACCUCACACAGAUGCUGCCACAUUUGCACAUGUACCAACCUCCAAGCGCCACCACCCUCUAGAUGAGUCAUCUCUCAAUGUCAUUGCUGCCGCUGACAGAACUGCCAUAUCUGUGCAGAAGAGAGCUCGAAAGGUUCAGUCUGAUAAAGGGGUGAAGAGGGGUUCUCGCAAGCCUCACGCGCAGUCCGUUCAGAUCGAAAAUGUCAUGUCCACCACUGCCAAUGCUGAAUCAUGA